AUGGCGGCACCCAUACUGAAAUGGAAGAGGGUUACAAACACGACUGGGCCCUGUCCUAGGCCUCGUCAUGGCCAUCGAGCUGUGGCAAUCAAAGAUUUAAUGGUUGUGUUCGGUGGUGGUAACGAAGGAAUCGUAGAUGAGUUGCACGUUUUCAACACCGCUACUGGUCAGUGGUUUGUCCCUGCUGUUCGGGGUGACGUCCCUCCAGGAUGUGCUGCAUAUGGUUUCGUCUGCGAUGGGACCCGCAUCCUGGUGUUCGGUGGAAUGGUGGAAUAUGGCAAAUAUUCUAAUGAAUUGUACGAAUUACAAGCAAGUCGCUGGGAGUGGAAGCGAAUAAAACCAAAACCACCUAAGAACAGCCCACCACCAUGUCCAAGACUUGGUCACAGCUUUACCCUUUGUGGAAACAAGGCCUACCUGUUUGGUGGUCUGGCUAAUGACAGUGAAGACCCUAAGAACAACAUACCAAGGUAUUUAAAUGAUCUAUAUGCGUUGGAGUUGAGGCCUAAUUCAAGCACCAUGUCUUGGGACAUGCCAGCAACAGUUGGACAGCCCCCUCCAUCUCGGGAGUCACACUCUGCAGCUUCUUUUAUUGGCAAGAAUGGAUCAAGGCCACGUCUAAUCAUUUACGGAGGAAUGAGUGGCUGCAGGCUUGGUGACCUGUGGAUGUAUGAUAUUGAUUCUGUCACCUGGACAAAACCAGUCAUACAAGGAAUCUCUCCGCUGCCUAGAAGUCUACACUCUGCGACUGUCAUUGGUAACCGUAUGUUUGUGUUUGGUGGAUGGGUCCCCCUUGUCAUGGACGAUGUCAAGGUGGCCACUCAUGAGAAGGAAUGGAAGUGUACCAACACAUUGGCAUCUCUUAAUCUAGAUACAAUGACCUGGGAACCCCUAGCCAUGGAGGUAUUUGAGGAUGCUCUCCCUCGUGCUCGUGCUGGACACUGUGCUGUUGCCAUUCAUUCGAGGCUGUACAUCUGGAGUGGUCGAGAUGGAUACAGGAAAGCUUGGAAUAACCAAGUCUGCUUCAAGGAUCUGUGGUUCCUAGAAACAGAGAAACCCCCAGCCCCAUCAAAGGUGCAGCUAGUACGAGCCAGCACAACUACCUUAGAAGUCUGCUGGGGUGCGGUGCCAACCGCCGACGCGUACCUGCUCCAGCUACAGAAGUAUGACAUGCCGCCAACACAAGCUACGACACCUACUGGUAUUCCUAGUACCAGUCCAUUAGCGAAGGCAAUUAUCAACCAGGCACCUGCGUCACAACCUGGCACAAUCAGAUUAGGCACUGCCCCAGCCCAGGUGAGACCUGUUGGUACAUCCACAUUAGCCACCCUGACUAUGACACCCCCACAAGCCAUCAGAGCUCCAAGGCCUAGAGUCAACUCUCCCCUCACAUCCACUCCCCCUGGAACGACCGUGAAAGUGGUUGGUACCACUGCCAGUGGGCAGCAGCUUGUCAGUUUGUCCAAGCCAGGACCAGUAUCUUCGACUGGUGCCCCAAUGAGUGGUAUCGCUGCCCUGGCAGCGGCCGCAGCUGCCACCCAGAAGAUCAGCACGUCAGUCACUGGUGUCACAUCAACACAAAUGGGAGGAAUACGGGUGGUAAAUCCAACCAUUGUCUCACCAUCAGGUGUGAGAAUGACCCAAGUACAAGGAGCUUUGAAGGGAGCGUUGACCCCCGGCACACAGACUGUUCGAAUUGGUGCGCCCGGAACAACCAUUCUGAAAUCUGCACCGGGCUCGGUCCCUGGACAACAGAAACAAAUCAUAACUGUUCACAAGACGGGUGCUGUGACCAGCCAACCACAGAUUGUGACUUUAGUAAAGACAACACAAGGCAUGACAGUGGCUACUAUGCCCAAGGUGACCUUGUUCCAGUCAAGACCGACCGUCACCGGCUCACAAACUGUUCAUACAGUUCAGACAAAGUCAGGCAUUCCACAAGGUGCAACUAUAGUGAAGCUUGUCACGACCCAGGGUGGAGCCGGUGGAAAGCCCGCCAUCAUCACCAGUACUCAACAUGGAGGAACGCCAUCGACGAUACUCGGCAUCAGCAGCGUACAGCCACAGCAAUCUCAAAGCAAGAACCUGUCGACGAUCAUCAAAACCAUCCCAAGCUCCAUGUUCUCCAUGGCCAAAUCUCAAGGCAUCACAACCACAUCUAUAGGUGGCAAACAAACAAUCGUCAUUGCUGCUCCCAAGAGUGCGACCGGCACUGGAGGCACGCCGACUAAGUUCAUCACCACAAUGCCCAAGCUGAGUACGUCAACAUCUGGUGGCACACAGUAUAUCGUGGUGAAUACGCAAGGGAGUGGCACUCCAGGUGCCGUGACUGUCAAAACUGUAACUGCUGAUGGUGGCCAACAGUUAACAACACUCCCAUCUCAAUAUUCUCAUCUCCUGCAAUCUGGUGCCAAGCUCAUCUCAGCAUCUGGUGUUCCAGUAUCAAAACCAGUCGUCAGUAUCAUCUCCGGCUCUGGAGCGGCCACUGGAAAGGGAAUUCAGAUUAUAGAUGGUAAACCAACUGUGACCAUAACAAGAGCAACAGCCACGACCGUAGCAUCUUCCACGACGGGUACAGUUCUAACGUCUGCUGUCACUACACCUGUCAUCUCUCAAACCAUGAAUGUCACUGGACCAGUCAUCACGUCUGCUACUGCUGGUGCUACCAUGGCAACCUUGGCGUCUGCUGAGGAGGCCAUGGAUUCAACAGAUGGUGCUGGAGAGACCUGUGCACCUGGCAGUGGAAACUGUGGAACAGACGACGAGGACAAUGUCUGCUUGCCCGGAAGUGGAAAUUGCGGAACAGAUGAUGAAGAUGAAGUCGGCAAGCCAGUUUGUUUGCCUGGUAGCGGCAACUGUGGAACAGAUGAUGAAGAAGAAGCUGGCAAGCCAGUCUGUUUGCCUGGCAGCGGCAACUGUGGAACAGAUGAUGAAGAAGAAGUCAGCAAGCCAGUUUGUUUGCCUGGUAGCGGCAACUGUGGAACAGAUGAUGAAGAAGAAGCUGGCAAGCCUGUCUGUUUGCCUGGCAGCGGCAACUGUGGAACAGAUGAUGAAGAAGAAGCUGGCAAGCCUGUCUGUUUGCCUGGCAGCGGCAACUGUGGAACAGAUGAUGAAGAUGAAGUCGGCAAGCCUGUCUGUUUGCCUGGCAGCGGCAACUGUGGAACAGAUGAUGAAGAUGAAGUCGGCAAGCCUGUCUGUUUGCCUGGCAGCGGCAACUGUGGAACAGAUGAUGAAGAAGAAGCUGGCAAGCCUGUCUGUUUGCCUGGCAGCGGCAACUGUGGAACAGAUGAUGAAGAAGAAGCUGGCAAGCCAGUCUGUUUGCCUGGCAGCGGCAACUGUGGAACAGAUGAUGAAGAAGAAGUCAGCAAGCCAGUUUGUUUGCCUGGUAGCGGCAACUGUGGAACAGAUGAUGAAGAAGAAGCUGGCAAGCCUGUCUGUUUGCCUGGUAGCGGCAACUGUGGAACAGAUGAUGAAGAAGAAGCUGGCAAGCCAGUCUGUUUGCCUGGCAGCGGCAACUGUGGAACAGAUGAUGAAGAAGAAGCUGGCAAGCCAGUCUGUUUGCCUGGCAGCGGCAACUGUGGAACAGAUGAUGAGGGAGAUGGGGGAAAAGAGGGUGAUGAAAAGCAGCAGACUUCUGAGGCAACAGAUGCAUCAGAGAAGGAAAAGAUGACUGAGGCAGCCGGAGAAGAAAAGGAAACAGACACUGCAGAGGUAGCAGGGGAGGCUGUUACGGAAUCAAACAAAAGUCCUACUGAAACUAGUGAAGAUACUUCAGCAAAAACAGAUCCAUCUGUAUUGCCUGAGGUUACCAAGGCACCAGAGGAGGCAGCCAUGGAUACAUCUGCUGCAGCCAGUGAAACCGCUGUAAGUAAGGUUCUGGCUGUUGCCAAGGAUGAACCCAUGGAUACAGCAGAGAAAGCAGACGACACAUCAGCAGCUACAGACCCACUGUCAACGUUGGCCACCGCAGCAAUCUCCACGGCCAGCACAAGUUUGACGACGACAGCUUCUAUCAAGAAGGAACUUGGUUUGGGAAGUGCUGUCAAAAAUGGAGCAGACAUCAAAUCAGAAGUCAAGUCUGAGUCGCCAAAGCCGUUGGUGAUCAAGAAAGAUGGCAACCAAUGGUACGACGUUGGUGUCAUCAAAGGGACAACAACCGUCGUCUCACAUUAUCAUCUGCCAUCAGAGGCAGGACAGGGAAAUGGAGACGAUAUUGACGUUGUGAGUGUGCCAGACCAUAGUGUGCUAAAGCGACAGGAGCUCCUUCCAGGAACAGCGUACAAGUUCCGCGUUGCUGGAAUCAAUGCGUGUGGACGCGGUCCGUUCAGCGAGAUCUCGGCAUUCAAGACGUGUCUGCCUGGAUUCCCUGGUGCCCCAUCUGCAAUCAAGAUUAGCAAGAGCAACGAUGGUGCCUACCUAUCAUGGGAACCCCCACAGAACACAGCUGGAAAGAUCACAGAAUACUCGGUCUACCUGGCAGUCAGGAGUUCAUCAACCCAGGAAGGCAAACCUCCACCUCAGCUGGCUUUCGUACGGGUCUACUGUGGACCACAUCCAUCGUGUGUUGUGAGCUCAAGUAGUCUGACGUCUGCUCAUAUCGACUAUACUACAAAACCUGCCAUAAUCUUCAGAAUCGCUGCCAGAAACGAGAAAGGUUACGGACCGGCCACACAAGUCAGAUGGUUGCAAGACACAGCGAAUGCUGCCGUGAAAGCCCCAAUGAAGCGGGUGUUACCAUUGGCUGAAGUCAAGCUUGCAACAAGUCCUUCUGCGAUGUCGCCCGCUGCCAAGAAAAUCAAGAUGGAGGACGGUAGUAGUCAACAGUGAAUUUGAUAGGAGGAAGGAUCUGAUUACAAUCAGUGGAUGGACCAGUAUGUCAUAAUCUGUGCUAUGGACUUCAAGCUCUGUCUGAAUGAGUGCUUUAUUCUCGGAGAGGAAUAGGGGCCUGGUUGUCAAGAUCUGAUAAGAUCCAACUGCAGGAGUAUUUUUCUAGAGUUCCUGUAUUGUAAAGAGGGCUUAGCUGAGGAUGACUUGGAGGGUCUUUAGAGAACUUCAGAGAGCAUUUUGAUUGUUAAGUAUGCUGUUGAUCAUUGAGAAAGAUGUUAACCCUUUGUCAUCAUUGUCAAAUUAUUAUUGUCAUGGGCAGUAUUUUUAGAAAUUUGAACAUUAUCAGUAGAUUAUCAUAGUUGGAACAAAUUCCUAAUAUUUCUCUAGUUGCAAUAUAUAUUGAUAACUUUAAUGUAUGAUGAUUGUACAUUGUGUGUUGAGCGGUGUGAAGAAAAGUUGGCAUUUUGUAUGUAUCAAUCUAUAUGAUGAAGACCAUUGCCGUAGUGACUUGAUCGAGAAUUGGAUAGUUUGGAUUUUUCUUCUCGAGUCCUCCUUCAAAGGGUGUCAUGAGAUCUGUAGCAUAAUCGCCCACUUCAAAACUUGUAAGAUAUAAUCGUGUUCACAUUUCACGUUUUCAUGAUUGAAAUAUUGUUUCAUUUCAUCAUUGUACAUUUCUCAAAUUGCAUUUAGGUAGUUAUUCAAUUUCAUUUGUAAAAAGCAAUGUGUAACUUUUGGAUUUAUGUACAGUAAAACCUUGUGACACGCCCUGAUUAAGAACUACAGGCGACAAAUGUACUUAUGCCUAAUGAAAGACUUUAUUGAUGUUUCGAAUUUGUGAAUUUUUCAAUAAUGCUCGGGCAGAAAAAUGUCUCACAUGUUAAAGUUUAGUUGAUUUAUGGUGUUUGUAAAACGAGGGUUUUCCUGUUCUACCAAGUGUUGUGUUUCAAGCAAUUCAAUGUUGCAUGCCAUUUUUAUAUAUUUAUUGCUGAAAUCAAUUGUCAUUUCUUUCCAGUUUAACCCUUUUAUGUCGAAAGAUGGUGUCACAUUGGAUCAAUCAAACUUAAACUCAAUGUUGUUGGCGAAAUGCUCAGAUGUGCAUUUUCUAUGCUGAGAUAUUCGACCCCAUCCUUGACCAUUAAAGGUUAACCAUAUCUGUGUCACAUUAUUCUCACUAGUUACACUAAAAGCAUUCUGUGUGUACAAAUAUUACGUGUAGUACAAAACGAACCCAGUUUUAUCCAGAUGAACUAAAGAUCUCAUCGAGGUUAUUCGAGCCUUGAUACAUGUGCCAGCUCCAUUCGGUUCAACCGAUAUCUCUAUCAAAAACAAGGGACCAUCCAUUAAGCCUAUACCUUCAGAAUGGCAGACUAUUAUGAUUGACGGCUGGCUGGUCCCUUUGAUGAAUCUGGACCUAUUUUUAGCUCAGCUGACAAAGUCGGCAGUGUUGCAUACACUUUCUCUUAUCUCCAGUAGUGCAGGAGAUCAUAGUAGCCAUGUAGUCUACAUGAAUGUUGUUUGGCUAGGCCUGAGCAUCUCAUACUUUGCAAUAAAGAAUCAUUCCAUUGUGUGUGUUGUAGGUAGGGACACAGUGUACACUGGUGUACUGGGCCUUUAAGUUGAAGGUUAGCUCUAUCUCAAGCUACAGGAUGGGAGAAUGCAAUAUGAAUAUUUUUGAAUCGCCCAAGAUUGGCUGCACUGUCUGUCCUGUGAUCGUCACUGGGCUGCCAGUGAAGCCAAUCUUGGGCAAAAAGAACAAAUAGGCUAAUAGAAAGUAGACCAUCUCUGAACAGGUUAUACAUUUUUAAUAUUUUAGUCAUUGUGACCUGUAUUGGUGUUUGUGUACUUUCAAUAAACAAACACUUUACAGUUGAAA